CCAGUCCUCUGUUCACGGGCUCACUAUCCUUCCAGGCUACAAGCGCUCGGUCGCUAAGGUAGUACAGUCUUGAACUUCUGUAGCAACCAAUGGUCGCGACAGUCAACUUUCUACCCCGGAGCCAAGUUAGUAUACAGAAGCGACAAACCUCCGAGUUAGGGUUCAGUCCGGGAGAAGAUCGUCUUGUUUUGUCUUUACAAGACUGAAGAUAGUUCAGUUGGUAUUGGGCAGCACGUCUUGUCGGCCCCUUGCCUUGGGGUGAAUAUUGGUGUGGACAGUUGGUUCAUUUCACAUCAAACAUGGGGGAUGUGAUUUCGACUCACCUUGACGAGAAUAAACGAGAGAUGAUUACUGCUCGUACCAGGGAGGUGACGGAGGACUUUGGCCGGCUGUACGAGCAGCAGUAUGCUGUGGCGCUCUUCAACAGCGUCCGCUACGAGAUCGAGGGAGGGGGAGGGGCUCAACCCCAGCUGCUGCACCGCAAGGACCCUCUGGAGGGCAAGGCCAUCUUCUCCGGCGGUCUCUUCCAGUAUCUGGAGGAGAACAAGAAAUGGAGGAACCGUUUUGUCUACGUGGACGACACCUACCAAAUCAACUUCUACGAGAACAAGCAGGCUCACGAGCGAAGCCUGCGCCCCAAAGGCACCCUCAGCUGUGCCGGAUACAAGGCCCUGACAUCCAUGGAGGAAUACACCCAGCUGCUCAACACCAGCCUGCCAGGUGUGAAGGCCAAAGUGGGCAGCGGUGCGGUGGUGAGGUGUGCCACCCAGUUCCCCCUGAUCCUCUGGCACCCAUACGGACGGCACCACUACUUCUGCGUCCUCACAGAGAAGGAGCAGAACAAGUGGCACGCUGUCCUUCAGGACUGUGUCCGGCACAGCAACAACGGCCUGUCGGAGGACUGCAAGGUGCGGACGCCGGCGUUCACCGACACGGUGAGGCUCCACCGACAGCGCCACGGUCACUACGGAACCUGGGACCUGAUGUGUGGAGCGCCCCCGCAGAUCCUGGCUAACCUGGUGAUGGAGACGCUCCACCCUGAGCUGAGGAAUCUGAUUGGUCCUCGUCUGAAGGGGAAGCUGCAACAGAAACAGAGAAGCUGGAUGCUGAUCUCAGACUCGGUGUACAGGCAGGUGCUGUCCCAGACGCAGGCCCAGUACGAGGCUCUGCUCCAGGCCUGUGAGGAGCAGCGCUCCUCCCUGGACGCUGCGCUGCGUACGGACAUGGACCAGAUCAUCACCUCCAGGGAACACGUCAGCAGCAAGCUCCGGGCUGUAGUGUUGCCCAGGGCAGAGCAGCUCCUGCGGGGCAGCGUCCAGCCCUACCUGGGCUCCAUCCUGGAGGCCCUGAUGGAGCCCACCAGCAGAGGGUUCUCCGAGGUGAGGGAGGUGCUGUUCCGAGAGCUGGUGGAGGUCAGCAAGAACACGCUCAACGGAGGAGGCAAGGAGAAGAUGGGGGAGCACAUGGAGAAGAUCUCCAUGCUGGCGUUCCACCCGGUGAAGAUGAAGAGCUGCUAUGAGCAGGUGGAGCAGCUGAGCCUGGAGGGUCUGCAGCAGAGGUUUGACGUCUCCAGCGCCUCAGUCUUCACCCAGAGGGCCCAGGUCCUCAUGAGGGAGCAAAUGGACAACGCAGUGUACACGUUUGAGCAGCUGUUGUGGCAGAGUCUGGAGGCCCAGGGAGGGGAGGACCUGUGCCACACCACCCAGCGCUGCCAGGACAGAGUGCUCAAGAAAUAUGACUACGACAGCAGUACCGUGCGUAAGAAGUUCUUCAGAGAGGCUCUGCUGCAGAUCAUCAUCCCAUACAUGCUGAAGCAGCUCUCUCCCUCCUGCUCUCCGGAGUUCCCUCGGUUCCAGGAGAUGAUCUUCGAGGACUUCUCCAGGUUCAUUCUGGUGGAGAACGUAUUCGAGGAGGUGGUGUUGCAGUCUGUCACCAAGGACAUCAUGAUGGCUGUGAAGGAGGCUGCGGUCCAGAGGAGACACAACCUGUACAGGGACAGCAUGGUCCUGACCAACAGUGACCCCAACCUGCACCUGCUGGGGGAGCAGCCCGGCGUGGACUGGGCCGCCCAGCUGGGGGUCGAAGGUCACGACCUGGAGGGCUCCCUGGGAGGGGGGAGGAGCUCCGGCAGGAAGCGAAGACAGGUGGUGUCCAUGAUCCAGCUGGAUGGGAUGCCCCCUCUGCCCUAUGAGUCCUGUCUGGAGGUACCGGGGGUGGAGCUCAUCCCUGAGGAAGGAGAGGGCGAGGAGGUCAAGGGUCACGGAGGAGGUCGGGCCGAGCUGGAUGAGCCUAAGUCUCCCGACAGCGUGGACGGCAUCCGCGACCUCAUCAACCCCGUGGUGACGGUGGCCUUGCCGGUGACGCUGGAGGAGGCGGCGGGCCAUAGCAACGGGAUGGAGGCGGGGGUGGGAACCAUCUCCCUGGGAGACGGCGUGGAGGAGGAGGUGACCCUCAUCAGGACAGUGGUGGAGGAGGUGCGCGCUCGCUCGCCCGCGGGAAAGAGCGGGCAGGAAGUAGAGGAGCAGCUGGCAGGAAGCUGUCCGCAGGAAGUCGAAGAGGGUCAACAGGAAGUCGAAGAGGGACAUCAGGAAGUCGAAGAGGGUCAACGGGAAGUCGAAGAGGGUCAACAGGAAGCCGAAGAGGCUCAUCAGGAAGUCAAAGAGGGUCAACAGGAAGUGGAGAGCGAGGAGGGGGAGUUGUUCACAGAGAAUGCUGCACAGGAAGUGGAGAUUGCAGAACAGGAAGAGGAUAGUGACCAGGUUACUGAGUGCGGUUUGGACUCUGACGCGGAGAUGGCCCCGCGACUGCCCGAGUCAAGUCCCCGGUGUCAUGACGACAGCGGAUUUCAGUCGCCGACCAAUGAGGGGCUGGAUGAGAACGAGGCUCAGCCAAUCGUGGCUGACCCUGAGGAGGUAGCAGUGACUCUGGACCAGGAAGUGUCUGUCGUCCUCAACCAAUCAGAGAGCAGACACCUGCCCCCCAGUACAAAGUGUGUAUCAGAAAUAGCUCAUGAGAUAUGAACGGAGGGAAACCAGGGGAAAACAUUCCUUCUAUGUUAUAAAUUAUUUUUUAUUUGCUAUUUUAUCCCUUAUUUUAUUGUUUAUAUUGUGCUCGAUUUCCUAGCCACAACCUACAUGGCUGUUUUUCCCCCUUUAGCUUAUCUAAAAUAUCUAAAUUAAUUCUUUUUCUUACAGUUAACUGCGCUCUGUCUGAAUUUUAAACUUAAUAACUUUACUCGAUUUUAAAUGCUAGGUAACAUUGUUUUUUUUUGUUUUUUACCUGAAAUUAAGAAAUGAGUACUUCCAACCUCAGAAUUGGGAAGGCGUAUAACUGUUCUUUACACUACACAGCCACUCUCCUACAGAGUGCACUUUGCACCAUAGUACACUGGGAAUACAACGCUACAAACUGGUGGAUGUAGCACCCUCUAUUUAGGCACCAGGGGGCGCUGUUCACAAGCUGUAGAUUCAACAGUUUCUGUCAUAGGUACAGAGCCUCAAUUAUUGUACAUUGGAUGCACAUUUGUAGUACUUGUAAGGCUUGCUUAUUAUAGUUAUAACUUAUACAUACACAUAUUACACAGAUAUGAUUCGAUGACAACACAAUUUUGAUUCGUGUUCAUGUUCAAGGGAGUCAGUUGGCUGAAUGAUGAGGGAAUUGGGCUGGUAAUCUGAAGGUCGCCAGUUCGGUUCCCGGCUGAGUCAAAUGACGUUGUGUCCUUGGGCAAGGCACUUC